GGGCUGAUGCCCAGAGCUACUGCAGGACUAUCUACACUGACCUGGUAACUAUUAAUAAAGAAGAAGAAAAUCAGUCGCUUUUAAACAUCUCAGGAAAACAAGAAUUUUGGAUCGGGCUGAAACGUUACAAUGACAACUGGCAGUGGUCAAAUAAUGAUGAAGUUACAUAUUCAAAGUGGAAAAGAGAUUUCUUCUGCGCUUUUAUUCAGUCUGAUGGCUCCUGGAAUGAUACAGGCUGUUAUGAAAAAUUAACUUUCAUGUGCUACAAAGAAACAAACAACAUCAGUAGGAGGUAUUUCUGGAUAAAUGAGAGUGUGAUGUGGAGCAGAGCUCAGAACUACUGCAAAGUGAACUACACAGACCUGGUCAGUAUAAGAAAUGAAAGUGAAAAUGAGGUGAUAAAGAACAAAUCACAGGGUACUCCCUUCUGGAUUGGCCUGUUCAACAACCCUUGGAAAUAGUCUGAUGGAGGGAAUUCAAUAUUUCGAAACUGGAGUAUUGGCGAUCCAAAUAAUUAUAAUCAUAAUGAAAAGUGUGUGGAGAUUAAAUAUCAAGAAAAUGGAGGAAAUGGAUGGAAUGAUGCUGACUGUAGGUUACAAAAAACAUUUUUGUGCAACAGCUCAUGUGGACCCUCAUCACAACAGUAUGUGUCAUAUAAGCUAACAUGGAGUGACGCUGUGAACUACUGCAAAGUGAACUGCUCAGGUACCCUGAUUACUGUUGAGAAUGAAGCCAUGAAUAAGAACUUGAGUAACUGGUGUACCAACUCUGCUUGGAUUGGUCUUCGGCAUGAAUAUGAUAACUGGAAUUGGUCCAAUUCAGACCCAGUCACCUACACAAACUGGAAGCGUACCUUUUCCUGUGCUGUGCUCCAGUCAGAUGGCUCUUGGAAUGACUCAGACUGCAAUGCACUGAAUCCUUUCCUGUGCUACAAUGAAACUGAUAAUAGCAAUGGAAGAUUUUUCUGGAUAAACAUAAGCAUGACCUGGAGCAGCGCACAGAACUACUGUCAAGUGUACUACACAGACCUGGCAAGCAUUAGAAAUGAGAGUGAAAAUAAUGCAGCAAUGGAGAAAAUACAAAACAUUACCUCCUGGAUUGGUCUAUUCAACAAGCCCUGGAAGUGGUCUGAUGGGCAGGACUUCACAUUUCAAAACUGGACUCUUCAACAAGCAAAAAAAUAUCAAAACAAUGAAAUCUGUGUAAAAGUAACAAACAAUGGAGAUUGGAAGGCAAUUGAUUGUAGUACUCAGCAGCCCUUCAUCUGCUCAGAACAUUUUGUUCAAAAAAAGAUAAAGAUCAGAGUCAACCUCCAGGUUCAAAGUGGGGUGAAUCCUGAGGAUCCAGAAGUCACUGAUGCCAUCUUAAACCAGAUCAAAAAUGAUGUUUUGAAGCAAAAUAUGGAAAAUAUUACUUGGCAAAAAACAAAUGGAUGUAUUUUUACUAAACAAAACAAUUAGAUCCUCCUUUAUUCUGCCUUUCAUUAUUAUUCCAAGAAAACUCUACAUUAUCAAAGUAUUUUUUAUUCCGUGACUGCCUCCAUAUAUAAAAAGCUUUAUUUUUUUUCCCACUGAAUUGUGGGUCCCAUUAUCCUAGCCCAUCAUCAGUUGUACACAGUCUAAAAAUAUAAUUUAAGAGGAUUCUGAUCUUAUAAGCUUAAUUUUUUUGGCUCCAAAAGCUGUUUUGAAACAUGUGCUGAAAAAUGACUCUCAUCUGACCUACUUUGCUGUAUUAGGUGUGGAGCUCUUUUUUUCAGCCUUUUUCCCUUCAGGUAGUGUCCCAAGAAAUGGUCUACAAAGAAGUCUCAAUGGUGGUUCAACAAACAUCUUUGACAGCCUUCUAGGUCUUCUGCUCUGCUAUAUUCACUUCAGCUGAAUUUAUAGGGGACAACCUACUUUGGAAAUUUAAAGUCUGAUAUCAAGACAACUUGGAGACUCUAAUAAACCUGACGGCUUGAGGGUGUCUUGGUUAUGAUGGGCUUUAUAUGCAAAUAAAUAAAAGCACUGUUAAAUGU